CCCCGGUCUUUGUCCCUCCUCCAGCAGUCGGAGGAGCUCUCUCCAUCCGCACGUCCUGCUCCAGAGCACCGUCAGGAUGGUCCGCCGUUGCACCGACAACCUUCACUUCACUUUCAUUCUCUGUUAACCCUUCCCCCGGACUCUCACCGACCGCCCUUCCACACAGACACACACAUGCUCUCUGAGAUGCGAUACCGCAGCACAAUUUCCUGGAGAAUAUCUUCAUCUUGUGUCGCUCCUCCUCGCUGAUCGAGAGCAGCAUGCACGACACGGGGACGGCGGCGGCGGGCACCGCGGCCGCCGGCGGGGCCACAAGCUCCGGCGACGGCUCCGAGAGCUCCCGGCACCGACACCGACCGCAGCAGGGAGACUCGGAGAGGCCAGACCCGGGCGCUGCCCCGCAGCAAAGCUCCUCAGGAGUCCUCGACAAGCUGUUCGGGAAGCGGCUGCUGCAGGCCGGGAGACACUUCAUGUCUCAUAAGUCUUGGAUGAAAACGGUGCCCACAGAGAACUGUGAUGUCCUCAUGACGUUUGCAGAUGCUACAGAUGACCACACGUUACUAUGGUUACUGAACCACAUCCGACUGGGAAUUCCAGAGCUCAUCAUCCAAAUCCGACACCAUAAGCAAACCGGAGUGUACGCCUUCUUCGUCACUGCUACUUAUGAGAACAUGCUGCGAGGAGCAGAGGAGGUGGGCCUGAGGAAGGCGGUGAAGCCCGAGUUCGGCGGAGGGACGCGAAGCUUCUCCUGUGAAGAGGACUACAUCUAUGAAAACAUCGAGAGCGAGAUGUGCUUUUUCACUUCACAGGAGAGGCAGAACAUCAUCAAAUACUGGCUGGACAAUCUACGUGCCAAACAGGGGGAGGUUCUGCAUAAUAUCAGCUUCCUGGAGGGACAGCCAAUCAUUCCAGAGCUUAAAGCGAGAGGUGUGAUCCAGCAGGUGUUUCCUCUUCACGAGCAGCGGAUCCUCGGUCAGCUGAUGAAGUCGUGGGUCCAGGCUGUUUGUGAGAAGCAGCCUUUAGAUGACAUCUGUGACUACUUCGGGGUGAAGAUCGCCAUGUAUUUUGCCUGGCUGGGUUUCUACACCACUUCUAUGCUAUACCCUGCUGUGAUUGGUUUCGUGCUUUGGAUGCUUACCGAGUCAGAUCAGACGAGUCGUGACAUCUGCUGCGUGGUGUUUGCACUGUUCAACGUUGUUUGGGCCACUCUCUUCCUGGAGCGGUGGAAGAGGAGGGGAGCCGAGCUGGCCUACAAGUGGGGAACUCUGGACACGCCCGCCGAGUCCCUGGAGGAGCCGCGGCCUCAGUUCCGGGGAAUCAAGCGCUGCAGUCCGAUAACGGGACGGGAGGAGUUCUACUAUCCUCCGUGGCGAAGGCGGGUGUUCAGGUGGCUGGUUAGCCUGCCCAUCUGCAUCCUGUGUCUCUGCUUUGUCUUCCUGGUCAUGCUUGUCUGCUUUGAGCUGCAGGAGUUUGUGAUGGGGAUCAAGGAAAUGCCUCGGCUCGCUCGCUUCAUCCCCAAAAUCAUGCUAGCUAUCACUGUGACUGCAUGUGACGAGGUGUACAGGAAGAUCGCCUGCUGGCUCAACGACAUGGAAAACUACAGACUCCAGAGUGCCUAUGAGAAAAAUCUCAUCAUCAAAAUGGUUCUUUUUCAGUUUGUAAAUUCUUAUCUCAGCCUUUUUUACAUCGGAUUCUACCUCAAAGACAUGGAGCGCCUGAAGGAGAUGCUGGCCACGCUCCUCAUCAUCCGUCAGUUCCUUCAGAACAUGAAGGAGGUGCUGCAGCCUUACCUGUAUGAGCGCCACAAGCUGGGGGAGCUCUCUCUGAGAGCUGUGUGGGACCUGCUGCUCUCAGUGCUGCUGAAAUAUGGCCGACUGGCAGCUGGGAAGGCCCAGGCCUCCCCCGCAGACCAGACCACGCCAGGACCUGGCCUGAGGGGUUGCCGGCCCGGCGCGGGGCCGCCGGAUCGAAGGGAGAAGAAGUGUUUGAACGGAGGAUGUGGAGUGCCUGAUGAAGAGGAGGGAGGCGAGAGGGACGAGGCCGACAGCGGGAGGUUCAGUGAAGGAGAGACGGAGGAGGACAGUAGUCUGAUCGACUGUGGUUUGAAGCUGAGGAAAGUCAGCUUCAUAGAGAAGGUGGACAGAAGGCCGGUAUGUGGUGGAGCCCUCCUGGAAAACAGUUUCCUGGAAGAAGGGAGCCCCACGAUGGUGGAAAAGGGAAUGGACCCAGCCUCUGUGUUUGAAAUGUGCGAUGAUGACGACGAUAAUGGAAUCCAUGAUAUAAAGGACUCGGGAGGAGGCGGGACUGAGGGAAUUAGCGCUGCUGCUGGUGGUGGCGGUGCGGCGCUGCCCUCUGCCUCUGAGAGCAGCACAUUACUGCGACACAGAAGAAGAGGCCAAAGCGUGGAGAAGACAGAGACGAAAACCAAACGAGAGUCCUGGAUGGAUCCUCCUGAAGAGACGGAGAGCACCACCCUCACUCAGGCUGAGGUGGAGAGCUGCAUGCAGACGUAUGCUGACACCUUCCACGACUACCAGGAGAUGUUUGUCCAGUUUGGCUACGUGGUGCUCUUCUCCUCCGCGUUUCCUCUGGCCGCCAUGUGUGCGCUCAUCAACAACAUCAUCGAGAUCCGCAGCGAUGCGUUUAAGCUGUGCACCGGGCUGCAGCGGCCAUUCGGAGUCCGCGUGGAGAGCAUCGGCCAGUGGCAGACGGCGAUGGAAGCCAUGGGUCUGAUUGCCAUCAUAGUGAACUGCUACCUGAUUGGUCAGUGCGGUCAGCUGCAGCGCCUCUUCCCGUGGCUCAGUCCCGAGAUGGCCAUCAUCUCCAUUGUCAUCCUCGAGCACUUUGCCAUCCUCUUGAAGUACGUCAUCCACGUAGCUAUUCCUGACAUUCCUACCUGGGUCAAAGACGAGAUGGCCAAACUGGAUUACCAGCGAAGGGAGGCCUUUAAGAAGCACGAGCGGCAGGCGCAGCAGCAUUACCAGCAGCUGCAGAGGAGGAAGAGGGAGGAGGAGGAGAGGCAGAGGCAGGCGGAGCACAUGGCCCGCAGAGAGCGGGAACGAGAUGACAGCAAAGGUGACGCCUCUGUGGACCACCACCAUGACAAGAAUCACGGGAACAAGUCUCGCUCUGGGGGCGGAGGCGGGGGAGGCGGGCCCGGCGGAUCAGACAAACCCAAGAGACCCAGCUCCCUUCUGGCAAACAAUAACGUGAUGAAGCUGAAGCAGAUCAUCCCGCUGCAGAGUAAGUUCUCCGGCGGCGCCCGCUCCCCUCAGUCGCCCACCGGCAGUGAGACCAAACAUACCGGGUUUUUGGGCUUCAAGUUCCUCAAGUCCCCCGAGAACAAGAAGGAAGGCCCCGCAGCCUCUUCCGCUGCAGCCGCUAACGCCACAGCAACAUCCUCUUCAUCUUCACUAUCAGGUAGCAGCUCUCAGGAGCGAUCGCAGUCACCCAGUAAAGCCUUCAACCCUGGGAAACUGUUUACCUUUGGGAAAUCUGAAGGAGGAGCUUGUGUGAAUGGAGCUCCAGGGCCAAAAUCUUCAGAGGGAUCAUUGUCAUCAUCACAGACAUCUGAAAAACAAGCAUCCCGAUCGGACCUGAAUGGCGUUCCCGAUGAGAUCCCUUCCCCUCCAGGAGAUGGGUCUGAAAACGGACAUACAGCCGACUCGGACCCGGCCAGUUCUAAACUCUAGAGGCUCGCCACAGCGAAACCCAUCUCCGAUCACACAUCAGCCCAGAGCUGAUGUGUUUACUGUGAGAAGAGGCCUGAUGCACCUCCACGUGCUGCCAAAACCAUGCGUGCAGGUACGGGGAGCGAAGAGACGGCGGGAGACCAAUGUUGUUUCGGUUAGCUUUUUUUUUCUUUCUUUAAUUUCUUCUUUUUUUUGCAGAGCGACAAAAACAGCAAACGUAAGCCCUUCUAUCAUGACGAGUCAAAUCUCACAUUCAAAUUCUUCCUGUUCUUCAAUACAUAAAAGAAAUGCAUGAGCUGCGUUUCGACUAUUUUAAGCCUUUAAAGCAGAAAUCUCUGUUUCUUCAUCUCAGUCAGAAAUUGUAAGCAUCUGGGUGGCAUCACAGAAAAUAACGGCCUGGUUUAGCAAGACGAGGUAAAAAAAAAAACGAUAAGUGGUGUGAAAUGAUUACCUGUUACACUAAAAAGUAACUUGUUUUUAUUUUUGAAGCUACAGCAACACAAGUGAUUACUUUUCCUCUUUUGUGGUGUGAGAAUUUCUUCUCUGGAAGCAGAAAAAUUGAAAAGCAAUAUCAGUCAGUGCUUUACCGAUUCCAGUCAAUCAUCCCUAAAAGCCCUCCAUUCAUCCUCGUCCCCGAUAGAUCAGCAGCUUUAUUUUGAAAAGCUAGGGCGAUGCCUUCAGCCUUUCCACUGUUCUGGUGGCGGAUUUGUUUGAAAACAAAGUAAAGAGCUUAUUGAGCCAAGCUGUCUGUGCCAGUACCCCCCCCCCCCCCCCCCCCCCCCGAGAGAAAAUGGAAAAGACAAAUAAAAAAGAAACCGAAGUGAGCGGAUGAAGGUGAUUUAGAGAAAGUGGAGCACGGAUGCCUGUUGUGUGCUGUUCUCCAUCCAAGCCUGCCGAGCGCCUGUAAACACAGAUGGUGCUUCAUUUACACGCUCCAGCCAGACCUGCGCAGAGACACGUCUGUAGAGAGACCCACACCAGCCUGAUUCACCACGUUAUGCAAAAGCUGUUCAUUUAAAAUCAAAGUCCUCGCUGCUGUUUCUGUUCGGUUUUAGAAUAUUUUUAUUAUGCUUGUUUUCACGAUCUUUUCUCUCACGCAGAUAGUUUUUUUAAUCAUAUUAUAUUUUAUAAAUAAUACUGUUGACCUGAAAUGUGCAAAAGAUUUAGGCACAGUCCGUCUCUGGUUCUCGUCACAAGGAGGAGUUGGUGCUGAAUGGCGCUCAAUUAAAAUUGCAUGGGGCUCCAAAUAAAAUGACAUAUUGCCCGUAUUAUAUCGCGGUACAGGGAGAGACCAUCACUUUUACAGAUUUCCUAAAGAUGAAAGGGGGAAAAACGAUCGAGAUCCCAAACAGCUGAUCGCACCGAAAGCUUUUGGACACAACUGUAUGAAAACUUUCCAACUAAAAGUGUUUUUUAUUAAUCAUUUAAAAACCUGUACUCAACUCUGUGGGGUCUCCAAGAAAGCGGUGCCAGUUCCUAAACGUCUCGUUAAACCUCCUGGUUUGUUUUUCAUGACCUUUAACCCCUAACGCCAUUUUUCAGCAUUAGCAGCAGAGUUUAGGUUUGGAAGGGAAACGCGUUAGAAAACACACAUCAGUAAAUGCGUCAGAGGCCGUAGCACUGCACUGUGGGAUGAGAGACAUCAGCUAUGCAUUUACACACAAGGUCUUUGGCAAUAACAGAGCUGAGGUGGUAAUACAAUAAGUCCAGACUGACAUGGUCACCGCCAGCUUCAGCUGCAUUACUUUAGCCCUUUACGGUUAGCUCCCUUAAGUCUCCAUUCUGACCCUUAAAGAAAACCCUCCAUCCCACAGAUCAUCCUGUUUAGAAGAAAAUGGCCGCCCUGAAACUAAUUCUUGUCUUUUGUCCCUCUUUAACGUUUGAAUCUUGUCUGUUCGGUUCAGUUUUUCAAGUAAAUAUAUAAAAAUAGAAAAAAGGCAAAAAGGUCUAAUGCAAUAGAGGUGAAACACAAGAGGAUGACAGUUGUGAAAACGCCACUUUACCAUCAGUACAGUGCGUCCUUUUUAAUGUUUCCCACCCUUGAUUACAAACGAGAGAUCCUCAGUGUUUUAGUGUAAAUCUCACAAGCUGGGGUUGUUACAAAACAGCCUAACGGAGAUGUAAACGUUAGCUGAGCUCAAGACUCAGAAAAAACACUUUAGUUUGCAGCUUUUGGGACUCGGGACUGAAGGACGUCAGCGUGCAGAGGAGUUCAUUCAUCACCGUCUGUGAACUUGUGCAGAGGAAGCAGUUUAAAAAAGGAGCGGGGGGCAAAGGUCGAGGUGUGUGCUGAUGCUGCUGCAUCACAGCUAGCAGGCCUUAUUCAGGUGAAACUAACAUUUAUAUGGAACGAUAAUGUCUUUGUACUCGAGGCAGCUGCAAAAGUUGAAUUAACUAUUGAUCGAAUAGAUUUAAAACGCUGAUUUAAAAAUAAACAUCAGCAUCACAGUCGUCAGGCAGAGGACCAGCAUCCUUCAGAUAAAGACAGCAGCUCACUGUUCAAACUUCUGAUUCAUCAUCAGACACCUGUAGCUCUUCAGGUUGAUCUAAUCUGUGGGAAUGGAUUUGGUGUUUGUUUUGGAUGUGAAGAUUCUCCCCACAGCUACAUUAAUGCCCUCGCCCCAACCUCCAAAUUAAAACACUUUCACAGAAGCCUCGCUGAUUUCAAAGAACAUCAAACGCUCUUCCAAUGUACAAAAAAAAAAAAAAUACUUUUAAAGAAAAAUACUGGGAAAUGGGAUUAUUUAUUUCUUUUAUUUUGUCAUAUUUUUGUAAAAUCUGAAAAAUAGUUAAUAAAACUUUUGAAAUGCA